CGUAAAUUUCAUUACAAUAAUUAACUCGGUCUCCAUAAAUGUAUAUAAAAUUUUUACCCAACCAUGACUAUAAACUGUAUUAAUUAUUAUAUUUUUAUUGCCAUCAUUUCUCUUAAGUAUAUUAACUCAGUACAAGUUCCUCAAAUUCCAUGUUCAUCAAAUGCAAAUUGUUCGGAUAUUGCAGGAAGUAAAUGUGUAAAGAAUUUUUGUGAUUGUGAAGAUGAUCAAAUUGUGAACUCGGAUUUUACCGAAUGCGUAACAAUAUCAACCGGAUAUUAUUCAGACUGCAGUGAUUCAUUACAGUGCAGUUAUUGGAUGCUAACGGGAUCCGAAUGUCAUGUAUCCGAAAAGAAAUGUAAGUGCAAAACCGGUUAUCAUUACCGUGAUGGCCGAUGUUACAAAUCUUUUGGACUAUCACAACCGUGCACACGCAAUGAAGAUUGUUACGAUGGUUACGACAUUGAAGCGUUGCAAUGUAAGAAAGAUGUUUGCGUUUGUAGUGACAAUUACUUCAGUCGAAUGGAUUUAGAUUGCCGGCGUAUAUCUCAAAAAAUUGGUGAUCCUUGUAUUAUUGAUAUAGAGUGUCAAUUUAAAAAUGCAAUAUGUGCGAAAAAUCGUACUUGCCAACUUGCUGGUGAAGAUGAUGAUUCUACUUAUCCUCAACCUGAAAAACCUCCAGAAGUAAAUGUACCAAAUCCCGUAUUGGGUUCCGAUUGCAAAGAAGAUUCUGAUUGUAAAUCUGUGGAUAAUUCUUAUUGCUUAGGUAAAUGUAGAUGUCAACGAAAUUAUCGAAUGGAUAUUAAACAUGAUCGCUGUGUUCCAGAAUUAAAUGUAAACACAAAGCAGAAAGAGGAUUGUUUGUACAUUCGAAACGCUGAAUAUAGAGAUGAAAAAUGUUUAUGUCCUGUUGGCUUUGCGUAUGCAAACAAUAUGGCAGAAUGUAUAAAAGCAACUCGAAUAAUAGAAACUCAUAGUUGUACGACUGAUGUAAACUGUCACACAUUUGGACCAGCUGCAAUUUGCAAUACAGAAAAGAAAACUUGUGAGUGUGGAAACAAUUCUUGGUAUAGUGAUGAGUCUAUGAUUUGCAGAAUACCAAAAGGAAUUGGUGAAAGUUGUUUUAACGACGAUGAUUGCAAAAUAGAUCCAGAAAUUAGUGACAUAUCCCCAAAAUGCACUGAUAAAAAAUGUCAGUGUCCUGAUAAUACAUAUCCGGCUGCUGACAAUACAAUUUGUCAAGCUAAAGACGUUGAAUUGAAUUCGAAAUGCACAAAAAAUUCUGAUUGUAAAACUGCUUAUUCAGAAUGUCUAGAUAAUGUUUGUAAAUGUGAUAAAAAUCAUUAUGAAAAUGGAGACAAAUGUAGUGCAGGGAUUGGAAGUAAAUGUUCAAAAGAUGAUAAUUGUGAAGUACUGCAUUCACAUUGUAAUGACACCGAUAAGACUUGCCAUUGUGAGGAAAACUACGUUAAUUCAAAUCAUUUGUGCUAUGAGGUUAAAACAAUUAACGAAACCUGUGAAUUAGAUAUACAGUGUGAAGAAAAUCUUAAUUAUAUGUAUAGUGUUUGCGAAAAGAAUAGUGCUGACGAUAAGAAUGGCAAAUGUAAUUGCAAAGAUGGUUUCCAUUAUAGAAAUGGCAAAUGUUGGCCAAUAAAAUACUUAGGUGAAAUAUGUAUUCGUGAUGGAGAAUGUUAUAUUGAAUCAGAUCCGCCUACAGUCGAAUGUCGCAAUGGUGAAUGUUCAUGUAUCGUUGGAUUACAAAAUGAUAUUACAAAUUUAAGAUGUGAACGAGAUGGUGCUUUCAAUUUACCGGUGCCAUAUAUUACUCUAAUUUUCAUUUUUUUAUUUAGCACCAUGUAA